GCCAGACACUCCCUUAGAAUAGCCAGAGGCCGAGCAGGGAACCAGGAAAUACAAGCUCUCCCUGUCCAGAAAACACUGCUGCUUCAUGAAGGAGGGAGCAACAUGGGCAAUCUCUGCAGUUGUGGGCGAGCAUGGAAAUGUCCUUCACCUUUUAAAAGAAAGAAGGAAAAGGAAGGAACUACAGUGAGACAGGAGAGCCUACAGCACCAGCAUGGCAGGAAGGCUCCAAUGUACGAAGAUGUCCUGGAGUUUCCUGUCUACGCCACCGUGAAUAAGCCCAAGAAUGUCAAACAGGACGACAGCAUUCAUUAUGCAGACAUCCAGGUGUUCACCAAGGCCCGGGAGCGCUCUGCAGAGGAGGUGAAGAACUUGCAAAUGCAAAAUGCCACAGAGUACGCUACCCUCAACUUCCCCAGGCCCAGGCUGAAAUAUGACAGCAAGAAUGGGACCCUAGUGUAAGAGGCUUGCUGGCCCCCUCAUCCUUCAGCAGCAAAAGAAUUUCACAGGUUUAGAGAUGCUGUAGACCCAAGCCAAGCUCAUGGAUAGACCAAGUUUCCCUGAGAAGGUGUAGAGAGGCUGUCUUCC